AUGAAGAGAGCCAACAACUGCAGAAGAAGCGGAAAUUGGAUCAGGAGGAUGCCAGGCAUGGUUAAGAAGACACCUCUGGCCCUAAUGCAACUCUGCCAGCAAGUUGCCAUCAAGUACGUCUCGAAAGACCUGAUAGAUGAGCAGCUAGAAGUGGAAGGCCAAAGUCUGAUGCCCAUCGAGGUGGCGCUGAUGAUUUGUGUCAAUUCAGAUCCGGCCUGUCCCAACAUUCUGCCCCUCAUCGAGUGGUUCGAAACACCCACUCAAUACAUUAUGAUCCUGGAACGCCCCGAUCCGUGCCAGGACCUCAACAAGUUCUGUUAUGAGCAGGGGAAUUUAGAUGAGAACCAGGCCAAGAGGGUGGUAGUCCAACUCAUCUCAGCUCUCAAACACUGUGAGAGCAAGGGAGUCCUGCACCGAGAUGUCAAGCCCCAGAACACCCUCAUCCACAAAGAUAGGCUUGACAUCAAGCUGCUGUAUUUUGGUUGUGGGGACUUGCUGAAGGACUCGGACUACAAAAUGUUUGCAGGCACUUUGGAUUACUUUCCACCAGAGUGGUAUCGCUUCAGGCGCUACCGUGCAGGACCAGCUACUGUUUGCUCGGUGGGAGUGACACUGUACAACAUUUUGUGUGGCACACUCCCAUUCAAGACCAGAAACGACAUCAUCCGAGGCAGACUGCGCUUCACCAGAGACCUUUCUAUGGGUAAGGCAGAGCAAGAUUUUUAACAGUCUACCAAGAGUCCAAUAUCAUGCCUAAACCUGGGAGUCAUUUGUUAUUUUGCAUUAUUGAAGACAAGUUGUUGUAUGAAAGCAAACGCAGACAAUCGUCCCAGCCUGGAGGACAUUGAGCAUCAUCCCUGGCUACAGUCAUCCAGUCAGAGCUGCAGUUAUCCAGUGACAGCCAUCCAGUCAGA